AUGCUGUCCUCGUUGAACAUAUCAGAAAUUGAAGCACAGAAAGAGAAUAUCGAAGCACUUCCUGGAGGCAGGUCCGUACUGAGCUUGACAUACUCGUUGAAACAGCAUGGUACUCAUAGAAAAGACCUUCUCAACCAACAGAGACAAGAGUUUGAGGAUGAAGUGGCAGAUCUUGACGACCUCGAUGACCCGUUGGAGGUGUAUGUCCGUUAUAUACGUUGGUGUCAUGACAGCUAUCCACAAGGUAAUAACGCCGAGAGCCGAUUGUUAGAGAUUCUAGAGAAGUGUACUACAGAUUUCAGAGACUUCAAUCAGUACAAGAAUGACUCUCGAUACCUAAAGAUAUGGUUGGAAUACGCCAAAUAUUCCGAUUCACCCACUGAGAUCUUCAUCUAUUUGGCCAAGAAAGAAAUCGGCAGAGAAUUGUCCCUUUACUAUGAAGAGUUUGCUAAGGUUCUUGAACUCCGCCAAAAGUUCAGCGAUGCCCAGGACGUUUACCAUAUAGGAUUGCAGAACAAUGCCAGACCUGUGAGCAGACUCAUCAGAUCCCUGAAACAGUUUGAACUACGGAAACUGUCGCAGACCACAGACCGGUCUGAUAGUGAAGUCAAACGAGUGUUGACGUUGAAGAGAGGUUCAAACCCAUCUCCUGAAGAGUCGAUGCCUGCUACCUUCAAGAAGUCUAAGAUCUCGGUUUUCACCGACGACAGCAAUUUGCGCAUGGCCGACAAGCUAUUCGAUGGGAAGGCCCCAUCCAAAGAUAUCCUUGAUAUUCAACUCAGAAAGAAGGAGAAUGUUUUCACCCCACGGCCAUGGUCAGGUGAAAUAUUGGAACAAAUCAGACCCUCUCUGAGCAGUAGCUCACUGAACAAGAUCCCUGUUUACAGAGAUAUAGGUGUUCCGGUUGAGGAAGCAACUCAGUAUGAAGUCCAUCUCACGAGCCCAAACGAGAUAUCCACAAUUGUCAAGAGACCGGGGAAAAAGCCCGAACAGGUGCACGCCAACCUAGACUUAAUAUACCCAGAACAUGGAGAGGAGGUGUCUUUGGUAGAAUUGUUGAUGUUGAGCAGAACCAAAAAUAUGGAGUUAAGCAGUCAGGUACACGAAGAAACCUUACCCACUCAAGGAGAUUCACAAAGCGCUAGCUACCAGGAAAAUGCACGGUUCACCGAUACUUUCACGAUUCCCUUGAAAGAUGAUGAUACGACCACCUUCCAACCAAGAAACAUUUUGCAGUCUCCAACAGUAACGCUCUAUUCCAAAGCUGCAAAUAACGAAGUUAUGAGCAUGUUUAACGAUGUGUCCAAAAUGCCCCACGAAAGCGAUUUUGAAGACGACAAGUCUGAGGGAGGCAACUCAACCAACUAUGAUGAAUUUGUCACUGAGACCCUUCAUAAAGCUCCAGCGAAAUUACCCACAGUUCAAGACCAAAUCGUCAGCUCUUCACAUAUAGACUCAUUUGGCGGCACAAAUAGGAACCAACCACAGGUUGUGGAUCCAUUACUGGAAAAGUUACGUGAGAAGUUGUUGUCAGGAAUAUCACCACCACUUGAAACAUAUCCUGGCUAUAAUAACACCAAAACUCACUUCAUUGAAGCCAUACGUAAGUUCAGGUCUAUCACUGAUAAGGAUACCAAGAUCGUGGCUAAGGGAUCUAGCGGUUCUAUUGUGAAUUUUUGUGGGGACGAAAUCUUUUCUUUGAAAUGUGAAUUGGGCCAAGGAGGAUAUGGAUAUGUCUACCUUAUUGAAAAUGAGGUGGGGAUGCUCAAAGCUUUGAAGGCAGAGACGAUUUCUUCCAACUGGGAAUUUUACAUCCUCAACCAACUCCACCGAAGACUCAAACAUGAUCCGUUGGUGGACUCUCGUUUGGUGAACCCCGAAUCUUUGUAUAUGUAUAAGGAUGAGAGUUUCUUGAUUCUCAACUACUUGAACCAAGGAACUUUGCUUGAUCUUGUCAAUUACUACAAAGGUGAAGGUGAUACGGUGGAGGAAAUUCUCUGCAUUUUCUUCACGAUUGAGCUCUUGCGGGUGGUGGAGCAGCUCCACCGGGUGGGAGUGAUACAUGGAGACCUCAAGGCGGACAACUGUAUGAUCGACCUCAAGAAUACCUUCAGUAUGUCCGAGCACUAUGAUAACAAAGCACAUGAAGCAAAUGAAUGGCAAAGUCCCCGAUUGGUGUUAAUUGACUUUGGUCGAGCAAUUGACUUGACACUCUUUCCAGAAGGCACCGAAUUCUCGAGUGAUUUCCGGACCGAUGAACAAGACUGCCCCCAAAUGCGAGAACACAAGACCUGGUCGUACGAAGCAGACUACUAUGGCAUUGCAGCCACUAUCCAUACGUUAUUAUUUGGGGACUAUAUUCGCGUUAACAAGCUUCCCAAUGGCAAGUAUAAGCUUCAAAACUCCUUAAGACGUUACUGGCAAUUGCCUUUAUGGCAGCCUUUGUUUGAGAUUCUUCUUAAUCCUUACUACAAUGUGGACGAAAAAAUUCCGUUAAUCGAUGAAUUGAAGUACCAGCGAGUCCGAUUUGAAGAGUUUCUCAAACAAAACUCGGCCAAACUCGGCUUAAAAAGAGUCAUCAACAACAUAGAGAGAGACGUAUAUAAGAUAAUUCCCAAAAGAAGAUAG